GGAGUUUUGGUAGCGGCGGCCGGUGCGUGGGGCGUGGUCUGCGGAAAACGCACAGGACCAGUAAUGGAAGCGACAAACACGGAGGUCCAGGUCUGACCAGUGACGGCGGAGCGUGACCUGCAGUCUAUAUUUCAAGAACGGAGGCUUCAGAAUGGACGAGCAUCUCUCUGAGGGUUCUCCCCCCAGGAUGACUUCAGUGACUAGAUCAGAGACCGUAGAAGUGCUACAAGAGGAACCAGUUACAUCUGAGACUUGUGCUCAUCAAUCGGAAUCAGAUCCCAGCCCUGAGGACGCGUGCAACAGAUCGUCUGCCUCCCUGGAGAUGACUCGAGGUGUUUCAAAGGAAAGGAUUCACACUGGCUAUGAAAAAGGGGGAAGCUGUGAUCUCAGCCAUGAGGAAGGACUUCAGCCCAGGUCCCUUCAUUUGUCUCCCCAAGAGCAGUCUGCCCGUCGUCAAGACAGAAGGCAGUCCUGGCGGCGAGCAAGCAUGAAAGGAAUGAACAGGCGGAAGUCACUGCCUCCCUUUCAUCAGGGCAUUACAGAGCUCAGCAGAUCCAUCAGUGUCGAUCUGGCAGAAAGCAAGCGGCUGGGCUCACUCCUGCUUUCCAGCUUCCAGUUCUCUGUUCAGAAGCUUGAACCUUUCCUGAAGGACACCGAGGGCUUCAGUCUGGAAAGUUUUAGAGCCAAAGCAUCUUCUCUUUCUGAAGAAUUGAAACAUUUUGCAGACGGACUAGAAAGUAAUGGAACUCUACAGAAAUGUUUUGAGGAUUCAAAAGGAAAAGCAUCAGAUUUGUCCUUGGAAACAUCAGUGGCUGAGAUGAAGGAAUACAUAACAAAGUUUUCUUUAGAACGUCAGACGUGGGAUCCUCUGCUGCACUAUCAGAAGGAAGCCGAAGAGAUCAUAUCCAGAGAAUCGACUGAAACAAAAAUGACUGAAGUUGAAGUGGAACCUACAGCAUAUCUUAGGUCUUCCCAGAAUGAGGUUCUUAACACGAAGCCUGACUACCAGAAAAUGUUACAGAGCCAGAGCAAAGUCUUUGACGGUGUGGAGUUGCUGAUGGACGAACUGCAGGGAUCAGUGAAGCAGCUGCAUGCGUUUAUGGACGAAAGUACCCAGUGCUUCCAGAAGAUGUCAGUACAGCUCGGGAAGAAAAGCACACAACAAUUAGAUUCCUCACCAGCUCGAAAACUGCUCAAGCUUCAGUUACAAAACCUACCCACUGCACAUUGCUCUAAAUCUUGUCAGUGACCUGAUGUAUCUUUCUGCCAGAGGUGUGCUAGAGCAGAAAGGGGAAGAAUGCACCAGCGCAUGGUGAUUGCAUGGCUGUUUGAGCUGGGGGUAGCUAUCCGGUUGCCUCUGAUAACUGGCUGACUGAAGAGCACUUUGAUUUUAUUCUAAAAGUGAUGACAUUUAUGUAUCCAAAAGAAUGUUGUAUGGACACUUUUUCUAAGAGUGUGCAAAGUAUUUUAAAUUUCUGUUUUGGAAUGACCAUCAGAACUAGUGGCCUAGUAUUUUAAAUAUCCUGUGUGAUCCCAAAUCUUCAUCUCGUAUAGAUGUUUUUCAAGUUUUGAAAUACCCAGAGUCACUGAGGAUCAAAUCCAAUGAAACAUUUUAGGGGUCAAAUUGCAUUCUGGUUGUGAAGGAAUGAGACUAAUUUUCUAGUGUGUGCGACUCUUAGGUAGAGAAGUUGUGGGCAUUGUUUAUAUCAUGUGGAUACAUGUAUCACUUCAUAAGAUGUCCAAAUCGGGGAAAUUCCACUCAUUCUCCAUGUCCUGACGCCCAGAGUAUACUUCAGCUUUCAAUAUUGAGUCAGUGUCCUUAGUCCUGGAUCAUGGCAAGUAGUGGCUAAGUAUUCCUUUUCAUUGUUCAUUGUUAAUAAUCUGCAUUAUAAAAUUGUACAUAAUUAAAUGUUUUCUGUUGUC